AUGGAUUGUGAUGUAUUGGUGGUGGCACGGCCGGGGGUGGUUUGUGCACCGGCCCGGCUCGCGGAUUGGACGCUGCGAUUGCUGACGGAACUGAACAACGCGGCGCGGUCUCGAUCGGGCCAUCUACGAUGGAACUUUUGCAUAUCAGAAAGCCCCGAGCCCUAUCACCGACGGUUCAAGGCAUGGGACCCCGCUGCCUUUGCCACUUUUUCAAACGUCUUACAAGCCCAGCUGACGACACUGCCUCGUCAGUCACCGCCAAAGCACCUACCCGGCGCCGUCUCCGUCCGCGACGUUCUGGCGCAGGCCCUGAACCAGCGCUGGGGUCCUCCGGCAGCUGGCGGCAUGCUCAACCACCUGGUCCUGUUGAUGUUGGACAUGGAUCAGCUUGCGCACAGUGACGAUUUGGAACAGCUCUUUCCCACCACCCUGCGCUCCCCUUUGGCCGACAAGGGCGUCGCGCUCGCCGUCGUGGCUUGGGGUCAAGCAAAGCACAAGCAAGCGGAUGCAAUCGGCGCCUGGCUUCGCGCGCACCGUAUUCAGCUCUUCAAUCUUGAGAGCUCCCUCCUUGGCUCCCAAUUACAUCACCGUGCCGUGCUUCUGGCCAAUCCACACCCUGCCUCCAGCAAACGCCCCUCGAGCGCCGGUGCUGUGGCCCCUUUCCAGUCCUUGAUCGCCGACGUUUCCACUGCACACGCUCAGCUUCGACGCUACCCGCUAAUGAUCAACAAUCAUGGAACCUGCACCAUGCUGGUGGCCGCCCCUCUGGCCGACUCAAUCUCUGACCAUCCUAUGGAAGCUGCUGCUGUCGCCGACGCCCCGACCAGCACCUGGACACAUGUUCAAGUUAUCGGGACCAUGCCCAUAUCCCAAGCACGUGCUCAACCUGCCAUAGCAAACUGGCUGGUAACGGCCCAAUGUCAUGGACAUGCCUCCCGCCCCUUCAUUCGGCUGCACCGGUACAUGCUUGAGAACAAGAUUGCGCUGGUUGUGGCCCUAAGCCAAAAAGAAGCAGCCCUUUUGCUACCCGGUGGACCAUUGUUUGCGCGACUUGCUGUCACACAGGGACCCCUUGAAGGGACCCCUGUGCCCGCUUCUGACGUGACAUCCCUCCUUGCACCUCCGCGUGCUGCCUUGCUCAACAUGGACGCACCCCAACAAGAAGGCGUCCCAACGCUUGCGCGCUGUACCUGUCAGACAUUUGGCCGCCUCGAUGCCCAGCAGCUGGCUGCCCAACCCCUGGACCUUCGUGCAACAGAUGCAGGGACGACUGGUCUCAUGGCACCUUAUGCCUCCGUUUUGGAGCCCUUCAUGUACAAGCCGGCGCCCGCGGCUCAAAAGUUUUCCUCUCGCCGUCCGGGCUUGCACCGCACUCUCUGGGACAAACGCUUAGAGAAUGCUACCACGGCAACUCAAAACACCGCCGGAGCAAACCAAUCCAGUAGCACCGCUACUACCGGUAACCCUGCCACAGGCUUCUCUGUCCAGGCUGCUGGCAUUCAGGAGAUGGCACGAGCUCUGGUAGCGCGCGGAGAGACCGAUGUCAGCCAACUGACCUCGCGGGUCGAGCAACUUGUAGCCGACGCUGGAAUGUCUGAUGCUCAACAGGCGGCUUGCACGGAGGCCCUGCAGAUGGUUUUGACACCUCGAACGGCCCUGGUCGACGAGGUGCAACGAAUUCGCCGCGACACCUCGCGUCAGGCAGAACAGGCCGCCCCGCGUGCCAAGCGCCGAAAUCACCGCCUCAAGCGGCUGUCUUCAACGCCUGAAGCAGAAUCUACCACUCCGGGGGAUGCCGCUGCUGCCCAUGCCCUCUUGGGCCACGCCGUGCGGCGACUGCAAGUCAACAUCCUCCUGCGUCUCGAGCUGCUCCUGGCUCUGAAUUCCUGGCCACACUUGGAAGGUCAACCUCCAGCCAAGGCUCUGGUACCCGAAGCCGAUGCCGACGCGGAGCUGAACGAGCGCCCCGAGCCCAUGGACCUCAAAUCUUUUGCCAUCAAUGACACCUUGAAUCUUGUGCAGGCUUUGAACGAGACGCAAGCCUUUGUCGACACCUCGCUUGAUUGGCUUACGCCGCCCAAACGCCACAACUCAACAGUGUUUCCCGGUCACAUCCCCGAUACGCCAUCGCUGGCAGCCGGCAAGCACCGACAUGUCCAAAGACCACCAGCCACCGAGGAUGAUACCCAGGAGCCCGCUCCUGAGGCGGGCUCGUCCGCUUUUCAACCACUGAGGCGCAAACGCGCCAAGCGCUCACUCAAUCUUACGUAA